AUGAAGACAAUGACGACGACGGAAGAGAUGAAGAUAUCAUCAGAGUCUCCUACUCCGGCGUCUUUCUCUUCGCUACCGUACGAUGUCGUUCUCAAUGUUCUAGCUCGUAUCUCGAGAUGCCAUCAUCCAACCGUAUCUCUCGUCUCCAAGGGAUUCCGGUCACUCCUCGCUUCACCUGAGCUAGACGCCACACGAACCUUAAUCGGAAAAACAGAGAAGUACAACUAUCUCUGUUUACAGUUUGAUCCGAGCAAUCCUUGCUGGUUCACAGUUGGCCCGAUUCCAAAGCAGAAGAAAUUGAUAUCCAUCCCAUCGUUUUCUGACCAACAUCCCAAACGCCCAGCCGUCGUCUCAACCGGUUCUGAGAUUUACGUAAUCGGCGGAACGGUAGAUCGUACAGUAAGCAGGAAAGUGUAUCUCCUCGAUUGUCGAUCUCGCCAAUGGCGUACCCUCCCUGAAAUGCGGUUUCCUCGAGUAAGUCCAGCGGCUGGUUUUAUUGACGGGAAAAUUUAUGUGUUUGGAGGUUGCAGCAAGCUCUGUACGGGCGAGAGCUGGGGAGAGAUUUAUGAUCCAAAGACCCAAACUUGGGAGCCAUUACCUCCCACCACACUCACACCAGAUGUCAGUUUCCAAAAGACUUUGAUGACGUUUUUUGGUGAACGAAUUGAAACGUUUUUCUUUGAAAAGAAGUUUUGCUUUCAUGGGAAAGAGAAGAUAUUGUUCAGAAGCUGCCUGUUAUGUCUACUGAUUGGUAGUCCACUAGAAUGGUGUGAUCUCGAGGAAAAUCCGAUAUGGAGGGAAGUUAAGGGACUUGAAGGCCUGCAGAGUUCACUUGAUUUUUUCUCCUUGGCGGAUCCAGGCCAAGGAAGAAGAUUAACAGUUGGGUGGGUUUCGAAAGAUGAAGAUCUCUGGUGUGCUGAGAUUUCGUUUGAGAGACCAAGUAGAGAAGAGCUUAUUGGUACCGUAGAAUGGUCCAAGAUCUUAUAUACCUUGGACCGCAGUGAAACUGGUGGACGCAUUCACCUUCUGUCUUGUGCCACUGUGGCGUUUUGA